CCUCACCCUGUGAUCUCUCUCUUUCCCUCUUAUAUCUAUGUCUGAUUUGAUCUUCCACUUUUGCUGGAGUUUGUAAGAUCUUCGACCACUGUUGCUUGCUGAUCUCUGCUUCAAUGGCUCCACCUUUUCUCGAGCUCAGCACUAUUGGAUCAAGCCGUGAUCAUGAUCAGUAUGAUCAUGAUCACCAUGAUCUAUUCAACUAUCUAGAACCUAAAUCUUCGUUUUCCUCCACCACUUCCUCUCUUUCUAGUCCCAUCUUCGUAAGUGCAGCUCAAGUUCAAGGACCAAUAUCUGAUCACUACUAUAGAGAACCGCAAAACUUUCAGUUCCAGUUACUAGAGGCCGAUCACAUUGUUGCGUACGGUGGAUCAUGUGAUCACGAUCAUACCCUUGGAAAUGAAGGUGAGAAAGGUAGUGUAAUCAAUUUAAGUAUUGAUCCCGAGUAUAGAGCUGAUGAUCACAAUAACCAUGAGAACCGAAGUACUCGUGCUGAGAAUAUUUCGGUUAAGUGGAUGUCGUCGAAGAUGAGGAUCAUGAGGAAGAUGACCAGCCCGGAUCAAACAAUUAGCAGUGAUACUACUGCUGCUACUAUUGAUAGUGUUGCACAAGUUAAAUUAUCAUCUUCUCACAACUUUGAAGGGCAGAAGCUGCAUCCAUCAUCACCUCAAGGAACUGACAGCUCAAACAACACGAACCCGGUUAGGGUUUGCUCCGACUGCAACACAACCAAGACACCUCUGUGGAGAAGUGGACCUAGAGGUCCCAAGUCACUUUGCAACGCCUGUGGAAUUCGGCAAAGGAAAGCAAGGCGGGCCAUGGCUGCGGCAGCAGCAGCAGCAAAUGGCACAACCCUGGCUGUGGAAGCGGCACCAUCAACUAUCAAGACGACUAAGGUGAAACUUAAAGACAACAAAACUAUUCCAUUCAAGAAAAGAUGCCACAAACUUGCUAUUUCCCCUUCACCUCGAGGCAAAUCAAAGACCAAGCUUCGCUUCGGAGAUUUCUCAAUUAGCAGCAUGAAUCAGAAUUCAGGCACUACUACUCCUUCUCCUCCUCCUACUACCAACACCACCACCACCACAUUUCAACGAGUUUUCCCUCAAGACGAGAAGGAAGCCGCGAUCCUGCUAAUGGCCCUAUCUUGUGGACUGGUUCAAGGUUGAGAGUACGUCGAGUUUCGACUCUAGUUCUGUCCGUAAUCAAUUCCACUAUCUUUUGUAGUACUAUUAUAUUUUAGCUAAAUUAGAACUAGAACCAGCAAGUUCAAGUUAGAUAGAGAGUGAGAGACAGCAACAAAAUUACUGAGGAAUGAAGUCCAAUAAAAGACAAAAAUAAAAGUUUAACCAUGUUGUGAUCCUAGGAGUUAUGAGAGCUAAAUUUCUGUAAUAUUUUGGACAAGUUGAUAAUUAACCAUAUUAUGGUUGGCUGCUUGUUCAUCUAUAGAUGUUUU